AUGGUGGUCGAGACGCGUUCGCACGGCACGUCCGCUGACGUCCAACGCGUUCGCUCGCCCUCGAUCGACGUCGUCGACGUCAGCGCGCGACCCAGCGCGUCGACCGCGUCCGAGGGCGCCACCUCGCUGUCCAUCGACGUCAAGACCUGGCGCGCGGUCGGCGCGUGGACCUGGGGCGCCGGUGACGCCGGUGACGUCUGCGGCAUCUGUCGCAUCGCCUACGACGGAUGCCCGCCGGACGCGAAGUUCCCCGGGGACGACUCACCGGUGGUCUGGGGACGGUGCGGACACGCGUUUCACCUCCAGUGCAUCACGAAGUGGCUGAGCGGGAACGCGCAGGACGCGCCGCGGUGCCCGAUAUGCCGCGGAGCGUGGGAGUUCAAAGAAUUAGAAGGCACGGGAGCUGGAUGA